AUUGAAGUUAAGCAUAUCUCCAAGUCAGAUAAUGAACUUUAAACUUUUAAUAACCUUUUAUUUUCUUAUUGGAAUUGUUUUUGGAUUCGACAAAGUUUCAAAAGAAGAAGAAGAUAAAAUUAUUGAAAAUUAUUUUCAAAAAUUUCCACUUGUACGAGCUCGUCGAUUUUCAAAGUUCAAUGAAGCCAAAGAAAAUAUUUUAAAGCAUUUUUAUGAAGCACAAGAACAUAAUGAAAAAUUCAGAAGGGGAGAUGAAACUUACGAAAUGGAACUAAAUGAGCUUUCAGCAUUGAGUGAUGAGAAUCUAGCAAAAACUAGAUUAGGAUUUAUUGAUCAGCCAAACAAUGAUCUACAAGAUGACAAUUCAACGAUCUUUUCGGAAAUUCAAAAUAAAUUCAGAAGUAAACGAGCAAAUAUUCCAGAAUAUUGGAAUUGGGCUGAUCAUGGAAUUGUCCAACCAGUUCAAGAUCAAGGAAGUUGUGGAAGUUGUUAUGCUUUUGCAGCCAUUGGAGUCAUUGAGUCAUCAAUGUGCAGAUUCCAUGGAGUUUGUGUUAAAUUGUCGGAACAAGAAGCUAUGGAAUGUACAAAUGGAUGCAGAGGAGGAUGGGAUACUUCAGUCUACAACUAUGCAAAUUCUCAUAAUGGAUGUACAGCUUCAACUUAUUACAGAUAUUUAGGAUAUGUCAAUAAUCAAUGUGACACACAAUCUAGACCUCGUACUCAAUUUUCAUCAACACAUCAAUUUAUAAUUUUACCAAAGAAUGCUGAAGAUAUUCGUCAAUUUUUGUACAACUAUGGUCCACUGUUUGUUGCUUUUGAUGUUUAUAAUAACUUAUUCUCAUAUUCGUCUGGAAUUGUCACAACAACAUCGGGAACUAGAGCUGGUGGUCAUGCUGUGUUACUCGUUGGAUAUGGAACUAGUAAUGACAUUCCAUACUGGAUUUUGAAAAAUUCAUGGGGCUCACGUUGGGGAGAAAAAGGAUACUUUCGAGUAAUACGGGGAAUAAACUUUGCAAGAAUAGAGAGCUGGAAGGUUUCAUUUGCAUGGACGAAAUAAACGUUUGCAGGGGCGUAGCCAGGGAGUGCUUGUGUGCCUGGGCAACCCCCUUCCCCUUGAGAUUGAAAUUUCAAACAUUUUUUUGGAAGUUUUAUAAAAAAAAACUUAUUUUCAACCGUUAAAUCGCAGUUAAUUAACAGAAGCUUACUAGUUUGAAGCAAGAACAAUAAAAUUAGCUUUUAAUAAUCAAAGAGAGAAGGUUUUAUUGAUUUUUGGAUAUAAAAUUUUUUUUGGACCCCCCAAAAUUGGGAUUGGAUUGGAUUAUAUUGGA